AUGCUGAAGUUCGGAACCUUUUUGACGAUCGCUGUUGCGAUCACAACAGCCGUCCCCACCAAUAUUUUGGAACUGGACUUGACUCCCGAAGAAGCGCAGAAGUACUUAAACAGCCCACCCUUCACGGAACCCAAGUUGGCUGGAAGGACCGCUGUUCUACCUUUGAUCAAAUUCAACGACCCGAGGUUUCGCUCAGCGGAGGCUGGGCCCACUCUAGGCCACUACUGGAAGAAUGGACACGAAAUUGAGAACCCCGACGACUAUGUAGAGGAGGUGUACGACGCUUCGCAAUUCCACGGUCAAGACGGUUUGGGUGCUUAUGCUUAUGGCUAUGAAACUCCGGAAUCCUCCAAAGUAGAGAACAAAGUAAGAUCUGGUGACGUCACAGGCUCAUACACAUACAGGGCUGGAAACACCAACGACUUGAUUAAGGUUCGUUACUGGGCUGACAGCCAAGGCUUCCACCAAGAGGACAACAUUCCCAAAGUAGUUCUAAAGCCAGUAGAAGAAGCGGAGGAUGUCCGCCAAGCGCGUCUAGCCCACGAGAAGGCUUGGCAGGAGGCCGCAGCCGCCGCGAGAGUACAGCCCGACCCUCAGUAUGUCUACAAGCAGCUACGAGGAGAAUACAACCCACAAGUCGAAUACCAGCCAGCUGCUUCAGAACAGCAAGGUGCCUUCUUAGCAGCACCAGGCCAAGCUGCCCAGGCCCGUGAAGCGAAGGCGUAUUACGGUUCCCAGGGUCAGUACCAGGGUGGUCAAGUCUACCCCACACCGUACCCGGAGAGAAUUGAAGAACCAGAACCCACUGGCCCUCCUCGCGGAUUCUUCUACGCUUUCAACUACCCAACGUCUAUCCUGGUUGCCAAGAAGGAUCUCCAGGGAGGAGCUGUUAACCCCGGUUACCCAGUAGACCAGGACACCGUCUCCGUUCAAGCUAAACACUAUUAG